AUUUGAAGUCGAAACAGAAAGUGGAUUCAAAAGGGCUCCGCGAAAUUUGAAGAGUAGAACUACUGUUUACCUCAGAUUUCCUCUCAGAAGAUUCCAGAGAUAAAAAUUUUUGAGUUAUUGAACAUUUUUAAAGCCAUUUAUGAACAUGGCCUCUACUCCUGUGAAGACGUCGAUUGGAUGCUUGGAAUUUGGACGGCAAUGUACUUUCGAUCAGGUAUAAAAAAGCUAAGCUCCAAAUUCUUUACUUGUCUUUUUAUUUUGAAUUAAGACGUUUAAACGUUCUCAGUUUCUACCUAAUUAGUAGUCAUUUAAAUCAUUUGAUUUCAGUCCAAAGAGUUUGUAAAAAUCUGUCUGAAAAAUGACGUGUACGAUUUCGACACAGCUUACAUGUAAGUAUACUUCUUUUAUUAAUUUUGUGUAUCAGUAGUUAAUCCUUUAUCUCCAAAGAUCAGAAUGUAAAUUCUCCCUUCUAUCUACUACAUGUUCUCUUGUAAAUUAGUGACAAGAAAUUGGUGAUAAGUUUGAUUAUUCUCAUUAUCUUAGUGUUUGUUGGAUGUUGUUGGAUGUUGUAUGGAUGUCUUAGAGAGAACUUACAUGUUAAUUAUUUUUGGGACUUAAAGGGUUAAGGACACUUACAUCAUAUAUUUAAUUAUUUUUUAUUUAAUUUUGUGUUUUGGAUCAGAUUGGCCUUGCAUAAAAAAUUUUGUGGAAAUUUUCUGCAUUACAAUUAUAGUUUUGUUACCCUUUUUCUCACAGGAUGAUCAACAUGUCACUUCUUCCUGCAGUAUAAUAAUACAUUUAAGGAGAUGAGUAAUGGGGAAAAAUUACACAAUUAAAUUAGGGUGUGGUGUUUUCAUCUGACACCAAUUACAAUUUAAUUGCAUGUGACUGAAAUAUAGCUCUAAUGAAGUCAGGCUGCAUUUUUCUUUGUUUCUUGUGGAAAAUGUCAUUAAAUCUCUUUUGUCUCAAAGUUUCUUCUGAAUAAGAUGUUAUAGCAAUUGUUUAUGGAAAUUGAUAUAUCUACUACAGGUAUGCUGGGGGGAAGAGUGAAGAAUUUAUGGGAGAAAUGGACAUUCUUAAAGAUCCCAAGGUCUGUGGUCUUACUAUUUGGUUAGUCAUUGAUAUAUUUGGGUGGGGUACUAGGAAAGAUGAUGAUAAUUGAAGAAUAUUUCUGAUGGAGUAGCAUCAUUUGAGAAGCAUGGCUCACAGGGCAUCUUUAGAAUUAAGCAACUUAAGAGUACUGCUUCUCUGUCUGAGAUGCAAGUCCAUAACAACAAAACACAUUCCUUCAGACCAUCCAGCAUGAGGGAAGACAUAAGUAAACCUAUCCCCUCCCCAGUGGGGUAGUAACACUUCCUUUAAUGUUUUCUAUGGAAGUAUGAUUCACUUUUGGGUAGCAUGACGUACCUUUUGAGUCAUGGUUAUUGAUCAUUAGCACAACUCCUUGACUGUUGCUAUAGGCACAAACCUGGACUUGCUGAUCUUUGGUUUGAUACCAAUGUUCUAAUUAUUCCUUCUCUCAACUCUGUCAAGCCAUUUUUCUUUCAGCUCAAAGGUAAGCAGCAGUGUAAUCCUCAGCUGAGUCCUUUACCUUUUGAUUCACCAGGUAUUUCUUGCUACAAAGGCUAAUCCAUGGAGUGAUAAAGGUCUGUUUCAGUAUUGAUAGACAUGUAUGCAUGUACAGUAUCUCUGGUUCUUGCAUUUCCAUGAGACAAAAAUGUGGAACCAGAUUUGUAAAGAAUACUGGUCAUAGUCUGUUAAUAAAAAAUAAGGAGACAAACUUGGGAUUUGGACCUGUGUCCACCUGAUGGAAGAUUUGUGCACUCAAAAUGUGGUCUGCUUAUCACAGGAUUUAGUCUAUAUGUCUGAUGUUAAAUCUCAAGGAUACUUUUCUAUUUCAUCAGGCUUGAAGUAUGACAGAGUCACUGAGCAGAUGAAUGAAUCUCUUAAAAGACUUAAGAGAGACUCUGUGGACCUCUUUUACCUCCAUGCGCCAGAUCAUAACACACCCAUUGAGGAGACACUUGAAGCUGUCAAUCAACUUUACAAAGGUAAUUAAGGCUAAUUAUUGCCUUAAAUCAAUCAGAUUCCUCUUCACUCAUGUGUUUAAUUGCAUGUGUUGCUGUAUUCUGAAAGUCUAAUGACUAUUUUUUGACUUAAAAUGACUUCUUCAUUAUUGAUUUCAGAGGGAAAAUUCAAAACUUUUGGUCUUUCCAAUUAUGCUUCAUGGGAAGUGGUAAGUGACAUUUGUUAUUGGUCAAUUGUAUUUUCAGUUGAAUGUCUUAAUGUGCUAUUUAUUUCAAGGUAACAUAAUGUUUUAAAUGGAGAUAAUGACAGUGUUAUACUUUCUGAAAUAUAAAAGAGUUCAGGAGUUUGAGUGAUACGGCUUUUUUGACCCUUUACACCCAAACAUCAGUAUGCAUAUUCUCCGUACUGUUCUCUAUACAUUUCCUAAGGUGCUGACAAGGAGAAUUUGUUCAAUAAUCAAGAGCUUCUUUAGUUGCUGAUCAUUUCCUUUAUUCUCGUGAGCAUAAUGUGUGAUUCAAGGGUGAUAUUGUGUGGAGAAAUUAGAUGCUGGUCACUGUUGGGGGUCAAAGGGUUUAUGUGUUGACUUACUUUCCAAACAACAAAAUGUUUUGUUCUAUACCUAGACUUUCACUCAACAAAACGAGCACUGUGAUUGGUUGAUUCCUGGUCACAUGCCCUUGGUCAAAUUCAAAUAUAUCCCAACCAGGAUACAAUUGUGCAGUUGUUACCUGUGUGCUGAAUACAACAGCAUGUUUUUGCCGUAUGAUUGUUUCAGGGAAAGUCUAAAUAUAUAACAAAGCACUCAAUGUGUGAUCCUUUGGGAAACUAGUUAGUUUUGUUUUCCUCAAGUCCUAAUGUUUCCCUCGACUUUGUCGCAGGAAACAUCAGGACUCUCAGGAAAACAAAACUAACUGUUUCCCUGUGUAUAAUGUGUUAUGGAAAAUUGCUGCAAGAGGCAUUCUAGUGUCUGUUUUAAUGACAACCAUUACAGACGUUAUCAAAUGUGUUUUAACCAGUAUGGUGUCUUUAAAGGCAGAGAUUUAUUACCUGUGCAAGAUGAACAACUAUCCAUUACCUAAAGUGUAUCAAGGAAUGUACAAUCCUGUUACAAGGUAAGAGAAUAUGAAGAAGUUUAGAUGACACUUUUGCAUGUCAGACGUGUUACCCUCAAUUCCCUGUGUAACAUUUUGCAACUUUUUUUCUUUUCAGGGAUGUUGAAAGAGAACUCUUUCCUUGCCUGAGAAGACUUGGAAUGUCGUUCUAUGCGUACAACCCGGUAUGUAGUUUUUGCUCAUUCUCGCACAUCGUAGUUCUUCCAAAAUUUCACUCGUCGUUUCCUUGUGUUUUAGCUCGCAGGUGGACUAUUGACAGGGAAACAUCGAUACGAAGACAGAGAGAACGGAACUAUUCAGCAUGGCCGUUAUGGAGGCACGGGCCCGUGGGCUGACGUGUGAGUUGCUAUGAGGAAUGCGAUACAAACCCGAGAUUUUCUGAAAGUUUUUGGGGAUUUCAUCCUGAAGACGUCUGGAAGGGUCAUUGAGGAAACGAUUAUAUCCGAUGAUUCCCGAAAAUUUCCGGGAAUUUCGCAACAACCUCGUCUCAACUCGUCUCCCUUUCUUAAAUCGAAGGUUGCGGUAGAAGUGAAAUAAGAUAAAAUGAGCGUUGUGAUAAUCGGAAAUUUUUAGAAGGGGUAAGAGAUUGGUCCUUAAAAGGCCCGUUUUGCAUUUCGGGCUCGCCUUACGGUUACCUCCACUCGCGUGAAAGACGUGAGAAAUGACGCCCUUUCUGAAGGCAAGCUUAAGAACAGUUUUUAGACUUAACGAGUGUGCGUAGAUGCCUCUUGGCGUAACGUUCUUCAUUUGGAUCAUCUCUCUGGUUGUGAGUAAUGUCUUAGCUGAUCACGUCUGUUCUGUUUUUCGAGGGAUAUUUUGCUUUCAAAGUGCCACUCCUAACCUUGGGGUAUAGAUAGGUACAGUUAAAUAUGUCAGUGGAGGAAACCUGGCAAAAAUUCCACGUGGACGCUCUCGGCGGAUUAUUAAAGAAUCAAACAACUUCUUUCACCGCUUGGAAAGGAAACUAGAAUUAAGUGUAGGCGUGAUAGACAGCUUUGCAUCGAAGCCAAAUCAAAUUUGUCGCUUUAACUGUACAUUUUCUUUUCAGGUACGUGAAGCGUUUUUGGAAGAAGCCAUUCUUUGAUUUACUUGACAAACUCAGAACGACACUGGAUCGUAUUUAUGGUGAAGGAAAAGUGACUUUGAUUGACGCAUCUCUCAGAUGGAUGUACCAUCAUUCAAAGAUGGACGGUGCUUGUGGAGGUAAAGUUUUUGCUUUCGCUAUCGAAGCACUCUUUUUUUCCCAAAUUCCUUGCGCAAGGGAAUGUCUUGAUGUAAACUUUAGAAAUAGUGCUAGAGGAAUCUCGAAGUAAAACACUUCUUGAUGAUUUUAGGCGGCUUGUUUAGGUAAUAUUUUGCUUAACUUGUGGAAAAUUUUCAUUGACGGAGGCUUUGGGUAUCUUUCAGAUGCUUACACCCGAUUAUUGUCGAUCGUAAUUGCACGAAUGCCUCCGAGCGUGUAAACCUGUCUCGUAAUUGUCUUGGAAAAUAAAUUUCAAAAGAUAGGAAGCUGUUUGUUCUUCCGAUGGUUUAGAAAUGCUGUUAUUUUACGUCUCCGCAAGGGUAAAGUUCUUUUUUUUAUUUUCAGAUGCUGUUAUUAUUGGUGCUUCGUCUGUGAAACAUUUGGAAGAAAAUCUUAAGAGUGCUAAACAUGGUCCCAUACAUGAAGGUGUGUUGAAGCUUAUGAAUGAUACUUACCGAAUUAUUUUUCAUUAUUAUGUCUAAGGGAAAUUUUCAAUUGAGUGUCGAAAGUAAUCCUUAACUUUGCUCUGAGAUCGGAACAAAAAAAUCGCGCCAAUGUUUCAACCAAUCAAAUGGAAAAUUAAAGCCCAUCACGACUUGGUCGCCCGCGUUUUCCCGCGCUUUGGGCAGUUUGGUUGUUUUUACUUUGAGUUCUCAUUGGCUCUUUAAUUAUUUUCCUUUCUUCUGAUUGGUCGUGGUGCAAGAUGCUUUAGCUCUGGAAAUAUCCUGUUAAAGUUACUUGAAACUAUCCUGGAAUUUUCUCCAAUAAAAGCUUCUCUUGAUUUUCCUUCAUGUAGAUGUGGUCGCAUUAUUCGAAGAAGCCUGGGGCCAAAUUAAGGGCGAUUGUCCUUACUAUUUCCGCUGAAGUGACCGACUGAGGGCUCAUCCGGGAAGAGUUCCUUCAAAGGAACGUUAUGGCGAGAGAAUCUGAUCUUGACAAGGACUGAGUAGAAAUAAAAUUGAUUAGAUAAAAGCUACUUAACUUUGGUGCAUAGGAGAGAUAUAUCUCUGUCCUCAACUGCUUUCUUUUUAGCCCAAAUAUGUCACGAACAUGUUCGGUUAAAGAUUAAAACUCCACGUUAGAAGUUUUCCCUGUGUUUGAUUGGAUAGAAAUGCCUCAAGUUGGUUAUGCAUUAUUGUAAAAUUUUUCCAAUUUUGUACGAAUUUAAAGGUUGGUUCGACUUCACGUGUCUAACUGAAAACAAGCUCUCCCCUGGGUUGGGGUCUUCCUAAUCGCUUAAAACUGGCAAGAAAAGCCUGCUCGGAGGUUUCUUGUGGCAAGGUGCUUAUGCAAUUGUUUGCAAUUUAGAAGUGAAGAAUUGCCCAACGAAUACGUAAACCAAAAACACUUCGAAACUCUAAUUUGUUAUAAUGAGGUUCAACCAUGUAAGCUUCGUGAGGAUUCUCUACCAAGCUGGCAUCUAUUUUUACUGAGCUUGAGUCAAUUGUGAAAAAAAUAUUAACGCAGUAGAACAAAAUCUCAACUAACAAAGAAAGAGGAGGCUAAAUCAGAUAUUUCGAAAACAUUGACAGCCUCAUAAAAGGCUAAGUUAAAAAAAAAAAAUAAAAUUUGGCUCGUAGUUAAUUAUAAAAUUGAAAAUGCAACAAGUAUAGUUCUUGCACUUCGGGAGUGAAAGUAUUCUUGUACAGGUAAAGCUACUUUUUUCUAUCACUUUCUCGAUAUGCAUUAUGUCUUAGUCUAACUAUUCUUUCUAAAUAUCAGAUGAAAUUUGAAUUUCUAAUCUUCUCUUCCGUUAAUUCUUUCAUUAUUCCACUUUUCAGGGUCGGCCAGGGUUUUUGGGUAUUCGGUAUUCAGGGGCGUUUUAAAUCGGGUAUACGGUAUAUUGCAGCUUAAAUAUGGGUAUUCAGUAUAUUUUUAAUCGUCAAAGAUUCAAAGCUUCGAUUAUUUUUGGGUAUAUUUGGAGGAAUUUGGAAUUUUUUUUUUUCGUAUAUUGGUAUUCCACUACCCCCUGAGCAUAAUUAGAAUAAUCUAAUUGUUUUGGGAUAAAUCUUCUAGUCGUUCAAACCUUAUCACGCGAAUAAUAACACAAACGGGUCACGUCUCAGCCUUCCGACUUAAGUCGCUAUCGACCACAUAUUACAUAGCAUGUUAAAUGAUACACGCCUUUUGAUUAAGUCCAGUUUGUGAUUUAUUAGUGGAUAGAUGCAUCGCUGACCAUCAACAAAGUUUUGGUUCUUUGUUAUGUAAAAAACAAGAGAAAUGAUGGGUGUUAUUGUUUUCUCUUGAUAAAACAAAUAGAUUCCAUGUUUCCGUGCGUCUGUUUAUUAGUCGGUCACAGAAAACGUCGACAUUUUGUAAGAACAUUUAUGAUACACUCGGCUGCACCUUGUAUGUAAUUUUUUUUUUCCUAACCACAUUUUGACGUCACCUUUGAUCUAUUAAUGAACAGACGCAAGGCAAUCUGAUCGCAGCAUUUGCGAUCGAUAGCUAGUCUGAUUAAGACCCCGUCCAUCCAAUGUGUUUUCGAAACGCUUCUGUUUAGGAAGUUUUUCCUUAAAAAAAAAAAGUAAAUUCGUAAACCAGUAUGAGCUGAAACUAAUCAACAACUAUGUCUAGCAGUGUUUAAUGCAUUUCUUAAUUGAGACAGGGGAAAGGCUGUCAAAUUAAAAGCUUUUAUCUCUCUCGUAAUAUAUGUAUCCAUAUUAUGAACAACAUCUUUUUGGAUUAUUUGUUGAAAGAAGCGAUCGCUUAUCCAGAUAAGGAUCUGGAGUGUUUUGAAUCCAAUUCACGUGUCUUCGACCGAAAAAUUUAAUAUUGUAACAGACAAACGCCCCAAAACGUGACUAGUGUAUGUAAUGAUCAGUUUUCACGUAUCAAGAUAUAACAAUAAAAUUGAAUGUGAA